CAGAUGGGGAAGAGAGUAUCCGGAGUCGGAGCAACUUGAAUCGACGGGAUGCACGUGGCCCGGGAGUUACUAUUACGUUUAUGUAGGUCCUUAACAUUACCGGCUCUCAAGUGUUUGAACGCGGUGUCUUUCCGACUCUCUCGCUCAUACUCGACUCGUACGCGGAACACUACAAUUACACAAGCUAUCUUUACUUCUGGACAACCCGUAGAUUUUCAGGAAAAAAAUGCCCCCCAAACGAACAAAACAGGCGAAAGGCAAAAGAAUCCAAAGAACACCGAAAAUUUGUCACAUAAAUCGUCUUUCAAACGAUCUACUCCUCGAAAUUUUACGUCAUUUCUGUGAUUCACGUACCGCGGAAAGGUUCAAACGAACCUGCAAAUAUCCAGACUUCGACGCCAACUUCCUUGCUGUCAGUUUUGUGAACAAGCGCUGGCGCUCGAUAAUUCUUGCUACACCCUCUCUGUGGGGUAAAAUCUACGUGGCAUUAGAUUCUAUAUCACCAGAGAAGACACCACCAUUCAUUAAUUCUCUGGUUAAUCUCUAUCUAGAGCGCUCCAAGGGAGCUGCGCUUGAUAUCUGUGUGCUAUACUCUGAUUACGGAGUCGAAGAUGAAGAUUAUAACUCAGAACAGGAAGGAGAGGAAGGUGGUAAUGCGGGGCUUUUGUUUCCAGUUCUCCCUAAACUUUUCCAGCAUGCAUUCCGGUGGCGUAGUGCUGUUCUACGGCUUCCCCAGUCGAGCGUCUUGGAUAGCAUGCGCGUUCCUAGCGAUUUUCCAGUCCUUCAAAAGCUAGAUAUUAAGUGCGUACCGGCACCGGACAUGGACGCGGGAACCACUUCGUUUCCAGGCUUUCUGUCGCCUCUAUUAAGGAAACUUUCUGUAACCAAGUUUGCCUUUGAAGGCGACUUCGGUUCUACUUGCCUGGAUGACAUUUCCCUCACCUGGGUAACACCAGCAACCGCUGUGGAUUUUUUCGAAAACGCAUCAUCCAAAUGUACUGCUAAUAUCCAUACGCUGUUCUCGCCGUAUAGGUAUUUUGGUUCCUCCCAUGUUACGUCGAAGUUGAUGGCCUUAACGGUCACUGCAACACGCGAGGAAAACAUGGCUCCCGACCCACUAGGGAACUUACUUGAUUGCCUCACGCUCCCAAACGUAGAAAAACUUACAUUUGUCGAUGAGAGGGACAACUCGUACAACACCUUGUCCCAAUCUUGGUUGUUCCCAACGAAGUCCCUGCUAUCCCUAUUCGACCGAUCCCUGUUGACUACCACAAAUCUGACUUGCAUUUCGCUGGCCGUUACAUCUCCGAUUCUGAUCUUAUGAAGAUCCUGGACAGGCUCCCUGCUUUAAAGCAUCUCGUCUUUAAGGAAGCCUCGCCGAAGAUAGAUGAAUCCAAUCCUUUGACGGAACAUUUCUUCCAGAGUUUCGUGGCCCGCUACAAUCCAGUGAAAGACCAUUCAAAUGACGUCGGCAUCAGUGCUCCAUUUCUCCCCGAUCUCACACACAUCGAACUCGGGUUCAACUCCAAAUCUUUUCCCUCAAUAGC